ACCUGAAAACGAUACUUAGUUCAUAAAAUGUGUAGUUUUCGGAAUAAAUUGCAUGCAGAUUCUAAGGACAUGAUACCAAAACACUCAAAUAAGAAGCAUUAUGUAGAAAGUGCACGCGUAUACAUGAGAAGUGACUCCUCAAUUUUAAUCAAAUGCUGCCUUUGUAAUGUGGACACUUUUGGCGGUGACAAAUGGAAGGAAUUCAUGAAGCACCUGGUUCAAAGGCAUGGAAACGAAAGUGGAUUUAAUGCAGAUGAGGAUGAGAUCCAGGACGAGGUUCAGGUGGAGAUGACCAAUCUCUUGGCGGCGUCUAUUGCUCAGGAAUCCAAGUUGGCGGAGGUACAGGAAUCUUUCAAAAAUGUAGAAUUUAUGGAAGAGGAGGUGGAACCAAACUUUUCACCAGAGAAAGAGCAGGGCCAUGAUGAGCUCGCAAGCAAUAGCCACCAUGACUACAUCUCGAACCAACCCCACAAAGCCUUCUACAGCCUGCAGCGCACCAGCCCCGGAGUUAUUCAGUACUUCAUACAGCAACUGCGGAGACACAAAUUCUUCUGGAUAACUGAGCACGGGAUCAAUAAAAAAGAUCGCAUGGAUAGUUCCCAAAAAGUGGCAGAGGCCCUGUUCCAUCGAUUUCACUUCCAGUUGGACCCAAAGGUGGUCAAUGCCAGUGCCCGUUUCCUGCAAGUCUGGUUUGAGCGACAGUAUGUAAUGCAGUUGAGCAGCUCCGACUUCCGCUGUCGCUAUCCAAAGUACUACCACAGUUUGCUGAAAUUCAUGCCCACGAACCACAUAUCAGUGACCAUUUGCGAGGAGUGCGACCGACGGUUUCUUAACGAGCGCCUGCUACGGCUGCACAAAUUCCGCGUCCAUGGGGGACCCAAUCCGAAUGUUUGUCAUGUGUGCCACCAGAGCUUUCCACUCGCCUCCAAGCUAGAACAACACCAGGCACGGUACCACUUUAAGCGGCCGGAGUGGCAAUGCAGCAGAUGCGAUUACAAUGCACCUUCCAAGUGGGACUUCCAACAGCACCAGGCCAUGCACGCGGGGCAAAGGAACUAUAUCUGCGAGCUGUGCGGGCACAGCUCGAAGACCAGCUCCGCCCUGGCCGUUCAUCGGCGAACUCACGACCAACCGAAACUAUGUUGUCCGCACUGCAGCCGGCAAUUUCGAGAGAAUAGCACCUUGAAGAGUCACAUCCGGAAAAUUCACGACGGUAACAGUGCGCGGCAGGUCUCCUGCGACUUUUGCUGGCGGAGAUUCAAGACGCUGGAGUUGCUGAAGCUUCAUAAACUGGUUCACCUCCAAAGCGAAGAAAUGGAAUCAUAUGAGGACGAUGAUCCAGAGGAAUUGAACAGAUUCGUUAGUUAAGUACGUUUCGAAAAAUAUAAAAUAGUAGUUUAAAUUUCUUUAAAAGUAAAACGAUUUCAAACCUUAAAUGG